AUGGCGUGUGUUGUUUCUUCAUCCCCAUCAGUCAUUUCGAUCCGAGGCCUCGACUACACGCAGAUCUGUCUCCGUCCUUGCGUAUCCCUUGAUAAGAACCACGUGUUUUCUGUCAGAUUUGUUUUUCCAUCAUGGUCGAGCCUGUACCAGCUCAGAUUCGGCCCAUUGGACCACUCCUCACGGAAAUCCUUCGUCAGGAUUCGAACCCCUGACCGGAGAGUUGCGGUCAGAUGCAAUGCUAAAAACUCUUCCGUGGCAGCAGACUCUCCUGAGACGGAGGACGCAAACUUUAGAUUUGAACCGACGGCCGAUGACAAGGCGAACGUUGGGGCGGAGUUUGAGACGCGCGGUGUGGGGAAAGUGGAGGUGGGUGCUGAUAGAGAAGUUGGGGAAAAGCAGGGGGUAACAAGUGAAGUUGGGGGUAAGAGGGGUGGGAGGAGAGCAGGCAAGGCGAAAGCAAGAAGCGAAGGAAGCGGGAGUAAGAGCAGAGAGGGAGAAGCAUCAGAGGAGGAGCGGGAGGCAGUGGCAGUGAUUGCGCAAGCGCUGAUGGAGAAAUACGGACCUCAGAUUGUGAAAGAGGAGGAGGCGGGGGAGGAGGGGAUUGGGAACGGAAGGAAUGAGGGGCGGGAGGAGGUGGAAGGAGAGGCAACAGCGGUGGUAAGGGCAACAGCGGCGGCGGCAGCGGCGGCGGCGGCGGCCGAGGAGGAGGAUGGGAUGGGCACAGAAGUGAAGGAGGAAGAAGCGGAAGCAGAAGCGAGUGAGGAGGGUUCACCGAGUGAUGAGGGUUCACCAAGCAUGACAUCUCGUCCCACACGUGCAACCUCUCGCUCCUCCCUCCUCUCCCUCUACCGCUUCUUCUCCUCCCACCUCGGCAUCUCCUCCCCUUCCACUGUCGCUUCCAUUCUCGCCUCCAACCCCCAACUGCUCCGCUCCAAUCCCACGAAUGAGUUAAUGCCACGUGUCCGCCUCCUCCAGUCGUUUGGCAUAUCCGAUGCUGACAUUGUCAACAUCACUGUGAAAGGAGCAGCCUGGCUACGAAUUUCCAUUCAACAGAUUCAGAACACCCUUGAGUUUCUUUUGGCUAAGGGCGUCCGCCGAAGCAGAUUGGGCUUGGUGCUCCGACGUGGACGCAAUCUACUCUGCUCAGAGGCUCGUUCAACGAACCUGGACAUUCUGGUGGAGAGAGCAGGGGUUCCUGUGGACAAACUGGGUGUGAUUAUCCGGCCAUCUUGA